CUGUUUCCUCCCUUUGGCUCCUCUCUGCUGUGACUGAGCACACUGCCUCUGCUGCCUCUGCUACAGCUUACAUUCCAUCCUCAUUGUGUUUCGCCGCUCAUCAAAAUGAGUCUGAACUUCAGGUCUAACUCUUUGGCUUUCAGCAGGUCUGCUCCACAGUACAGGGCAGCCAGCAUCUACGGAGGGGCCGGGGGCAAGGGGACCCGGGUGUCCUCUGCCUCCUCUCUGCGCUCCGGGGCCCCAAUGAUCUCUGCAACAACCAGCUACAAAGUGAGCAGCGGAAUGGGAGCAGGGCUGGGUGCAGGUCUGGGUGGGGGUAUGGGGGCCGGGGGGGUGGCUGUGUCCGGAAGUGGAAGCUCCAUCCUGGGGAACGAGAAGGGAGCCAUGCAGAACCUGAACGACCGUUUGGCCAACUACCUGGAGACCGUGAGGAACCUGGAACGGGCUAAUAAGGAACUGGAGGUGCAGAUCCGACAGGCGCUGGAGAAGGGCGGACCUGACCUGAGGGACUACAGCAAGUACGAGCCAAUCAUAGAAGACCUGCGUCGACAGAUUUUUGACAGAAUCACAGACAACGCCCGGUUAGUCCUGCAGAUCGAUAACGCUCGUCUGGCCGCAGAUGACUUCAAAGUAAAGUUUGAUAACGAGACCACGAUCCGUCAGUCGGUGGAGGCGGACAUCGCCGGACUGAAGAAACUCAUCGAUGAGACCAACAUGAGCCGAAUGAACAUCGAGAGCGAGAUCGAGGCUGUGAAGGAGGAGCUCCACUUCCUCAAGAAGAACCACGAGAAUGAGGUGAUGGAGCUGCGUAACCAGAUCUCUCAGUCUGGAGUCCAGGUGGACGUGGACGCUCCCAAAGGUCAGGACCUGUCCCAGAUCAUGGAGGAAGUGAGGGCCAACUACGAGAAGAUGGCCCAGAAGAACGCAGACGACCUCAAACGCUGGCACGAAAACCAGAUCACAGAGGUGCAGGUGCAGGUGUCUCAGAACACAGAGGCUCUUCAGGGCGCACAGAUGGAGAAGAGUGACCUGGGCCGACAGAUCCAGACGCUCGAGAUAGAACUGGCAUCACAACAGAACCUGAAAGCGUCUCUGGAGGACACGCUGAGGAAUGUGGAGAUGAGGAACAAUAUAGAGAUGGAGAAGUACAACGCCAUCCUACUGCGUCUGGAGGAUGAGCUCACACAGCUCAGAGCAAACAUCCAACAGCAGAGUCAGGAGUACCAGGCCCUGCUCAACAUCAAGGUCAAACUGGAGGCAGAGAUCGCCACCUACAAGAACCUGCUCGACGGAGGCGACUUCAAACUCCAGGACGCUCUUGAGGAACUGGCCUCUUCCAGCUGAAACAGAGAAAACUGAAGCUACCACAAGAAUGAAACAAAACUCAAGUUCAGACCAAAACACUGUCGCAAAUAAAGAUCAUGUGUUCAUCUCGG